AUGUCACCAGAACCAACGAGCGUUGCCGCUCUUUCACGUACAAGUGAUCUUUUCGCAAAUCAGUGUCUUUUAUUCUCCAAAGAUUAUGGAUAUACUAAAUCAAUGCAAUCAACAACAGAUAAAAGAACAAGUUCAUCUUAUUUAACUUUAUCACCCAACAAUAAUAAUCACUCAUCCACUACGUCAGAGACACAAGAUCAAGAUGUUCGUCGCAUUCAGCGUCAAUGUCAGGCUGCGGAGAUACAUGUAGAACGUAGUUCGCUUGAUCAAGAACGAGGAUCAUUGGAUUUGUUGGUUGCUGCGGCUGCUUUGAACAUCGCGGACUCGGAAAAUUCAAACACAGGGACGACAAGCAAAACAAGUCCUGUGGCUUCGGUGGUUGACCUUAAGAGGCUAGAACAAAAAAGGUUGGAGCACGAACGUCAGCGUCAUGAACAGCGGCAGUUGUUUGAAGAAAAGAUGAAAAUGCUUGAACUUCAACAGCUCAAAGAGGAACAAGAUUUAUUAGAGAAUCACCAAUCACAUACUCUUCUCGUACCAGCCGCAAGCUUAAGUGCGCCGAAUACACCUCCUUCUUUGAUAACGAAUGAUACUCGUGCUCGAUCCAACACGGUGCCAAGACUAAACAAUACAUCAGUGGGAAGUCUGACCCCAAAUGUCACUCAAUUCGAUUCUUCCCACGCCGUUGAAUCAUUGUCUGUUCACCAUAGAUCAAAUUCUUCAUCCAGAUCUGUACCAAAUUCUCGACGUAAUUCAAAUGAAUCCUCACAUGCAUCUAGAGAAGAAAAACUGAACAAGACAGGCAAAACUUCUGACAAUAUGGAGAAAGAAUUACGUGCCUCUAUUGGUUUACGAGGUUCAAUGUCGCAACGUAGGGAUGCGAUGUCAACUAAUACAUCAAACAGUGACAACUCGAUCUUCCCACAAUUCAAUGGAAAUUUUUUGCUUGAUGAAGAAGGGACAAAUCACCCCAUGUCGUCGUCAUAUGUUUGUCGAUACUUGCAAAUGCACACAGAUGAUGACAAGUUUCCAAUAUUGGUUCGUCGUGACAGUUACCCGGGAAUGUUGUCCGCAUCAUCCGCAGCACUUGAUCUUGCACCUUUACCUCAGUCCACAUCGCGCCAUCGUGCUUUGGAUUCGAGUGAGAGAAAAAAAUUGGACAAUCUGACCGUAGAUAAUAAUAGCUUGUCAAAUGCAAAACAACGAGUUCCCAAGUUAUCAACUUCGUUAUCAACACCAGAUUUGGCUAGUGCAACUAGAUUAUUUGGAUGUCGUUCAACGAACUUUGAUGCAAGCACCGCCAACGAUGUACUUUUAGAAGAUGAUGAUGAUCAGAUUAACCAUUCCGUGCAAAUACCAACCGUUACCACUGGUGAUGUCGGCGGAAGCAACGUUUGUCGAUUCUAUCAACAAGGGUAUUGUCAGCGUGGAGAUCGAUGUUCUUAUUCUCAUACCUUUAAUGGGUUAGGACAGGUCAACUUGAAUCUUCCGGCUCAAAUGACAGGAUUUUCUGGCGUUGCGCAACCGAUGAAUAAUAAUAACGCUUUCUACAACCAAUAUGGAGUUUCUGGUAUCGGCGGGGUGAACGUUUUACCUUCGACAUCUGGAUUUACUUACAAUCAAAACUUGGCUCUUAACGUUGCACUAAAUAGAAAUAUGAAUUUAAUGCAUGCGAGUAACGGUGGGCUUUCUUCCAAGAUGAGUCAGAAGAGGAUGAGCGGUGAUCUCGAAGUGAACAGAUUUACUGGCAUUAUGUUAGAAGACCUGGCCGGUGAGAUAUAUCCUCUUUGUAAGGACCAACAUGGGUGUAGAUAUCUCCAAAAGAAACUUGAAGAAAAAAAUGAACAAUACAUUGGAAUGAUCUUCAACGAGGUCUUUAGUCAUUUCGUUGAAUUAAUGACAGAUCCUUUUGGAAACUAUCUUUGCCAAAAACUUCUCGAGUAUUGUAAUGAUGAUCAACGUACAAUAAUUAUAGAGACUGUGGCGCCAGAAUUAGUGAACAUCUCACUAAACAUGCAUGGUACUCGUGCUGUUCAAAAAAUGAUUGAAUUCUUGUCAACACCACAGCAGAUCCAUCCAAAUUAUGCGUUAAAAAAACAGAUCUGCCUCGUGAUUGUUGCGCUCAAUCCCAACGUCGUGACUCUGAUUAAAGACUUGAAUGGCAAUCAUGUGAUUCAAAAAUGCUUGAAUCGUUUGAGUUCCGAGGAUAAUCAAUUCAUCUACAAUGCCGUGUGCAAGAAUUGUAUUGAAGUGGCUACUCACCGUCACGGAUGCUGUGUGUUGCAACGUUGCAUCGAUCAUGCCUCUGAAGCUCAAAAGGUUCAGCUUGUUACGGAGAUUACGUAUCAUGCACUUACGUUGGUCCAGGAUCCAUUUGGCAAUUAUGUCGUUCAAUACGUUUUGGACCUUGGCGACAGUCGAUUCACGGACGCUCUUAUUCGUAAAUUCAUCGGCAACGUCUGUGCUUUAUCGGUGCAAAAGUUUAGUUCCAAUGUGAUGGAAAAGUGCAUUAGAGUCGCAGAACCAGACACACGAAAGUUUUUGAUCGAUGAAAUGCUGAACAAGAAUCGACUAGACAAGUUGUUGCGUGAUUCUUAUGCUAAUUACGUGGUCCAGACAGCUUUGGACUAUGCUGAUCCGCUCCUUCGUAGUCAACUGGUCGAGUGUAUUCGACCUCUAUUACCUGCCAUUCGCAACACUCCAUACGGCAAGCGUAUUCAAGGAAAACUACACCGCGAACAAGUUAUGCAGUUGAACUCGCUCAACAUGCUUAGACUUCCAUUACAUGGUUUAGGCAACCUUGGCAGUUUUACUGGCAAUUUUGGUGGCAGCAUGGGCGGUAGUAUUAUUGGAAUGAACGACUACACAACACCAACUUAUCGUUACAUCUAA